AUGAACCCCUAUGUACUCACCACCCUAAUCCUAAGUUUAGGGCUCGGCACUACCCUCACGUUUGCCAGCUCACACUGACUCCUAGCCUGAAUAGGCCUAGAAAUUAAUACAAUGGCCAUCAUCCCCCUAAUAGCGCAACAACACCACCCCCGAGCAACAGAAGCUACAACAAAGUACUUCCUAACCCAAGCCACAGCCGCAGCAAUAAUUUUAUUCGCCAGCACUAUAAAUGCCUGAACCAUAGGAGACUGAAACAUUAACCAAAUCUCCCACCCCCUGGCCACCACCACAGUCACACUCGCCCUAGCCCUAAAAAUUGGCCUAGCCCCAAUGCACUUCUGAUUACCAGAAGUCCUCCAAGGAUUAAACCUCACAACAGGCCUAGUCCUAUCCACCUGACAAAAACUCGCCCCUUUCGCACUAAUUCUCCAAAUCAGCCAAAACACCAACCCCGCCCUUCUCACUACCCUAGGAGUUAUAUCCGCUCUAGUAGGGGGCUGAGGAGGACUAAAUCAAACCCAGCUCCGAAAACUCCUAGCCUACUCAUCAAUCGCUCAUCUCGGAUGAAUAAUCAUUAUCUUACAAUUCAUGCCCGCCUUAACCCUUCUUAACCUAACCAUUUACAUCACCAUAACCUCAACAAUAUUCCUAUCCCUAAAAAUUAUAGCCUCCACAAAAAUCAACUCGCUAGCCCUUGCAUGGCCAAAAACCCCGACCCUCACAACACUAAUUAUACUCAGCCUACUAUCACUAGGAGGCCUCCCCCCUCUUACAGGAUUCAUGCCAAAAUGACUGAUUCUGCAAGAGCUCGCCAAACAAGACCUCCCAAUCACAGCUACAAUCAUAGCAAUAAGCGCCCUACUAAGCCUCUUCUUCUACCUACGCUUAUGCUACACCACAACACUAACAACAUUCCCCAACACAAACAACACAACCUCACCAUGACGACUAAAAUCAACCCAAAUCACACUCCCCCUUACCAUUACAAUCAUCCUCACCCUAAUGCUCCUCCCCGUCACACCAGCCAUUACAACCAUAUUUU